CACCUACAGCCAGUGCAUCAAACCACAGCAUUCAAACAAGAGCCCCUUAAUUCUAUCCUCCGUCUCACCACCCCCCUCUGCAGUUCAGUAUACCCCAAACAACCGGAAAUGUGGCACCCCACCCGCCGUGCAAUCCACACCCCUACCGCCCCCACCCCACCCCCCUUCCUCUCCCAAGCCAUCGUCGCCAACAACACCGUCCACUGCUCUGGCCAAAUCGGCGUCGACCCCGCCACCGGGGAGAUCGUGCAGGGGUCGGUGCAGGCGCGCGCUAAACAAAUCCUCCGCAACCUCAGCGCCGUCCUCGAGGCGGCGGGCUCCAGCCUCGACGAUGUCGUCAAGGUGAAUAUCUUCCUCACGGAUAUGGGGGAUUUCGGGGCGGUGAAUGAGGUUUAUGUGGGGGUUUUUGGGGGGGAGGGGAGGGUCAAGCCUGCGCGGACGUGCGUGGCGGUGAAGUCGUUGCCGAUGGGGACGGAUGUGGAGAUUGAGUGUUCGGCGGUGGUGAGGGAUGGCUCUUCUCCUUCUUCUUCUUCUUCUUCUUCGCCGAGGAGGGGGGCGAAGUUGUGAAUCUACCUGACUUGAGGGGUUGGAGUAUAGCUUUUGUGCUGGGUGUGGUGUCUUAUAUACUGACGUCUGGGUCGGAGGGAGAGGGUUGGCGAUGUACUAUACUGUGCAUUCUACAAGCUAAGUAAAAAUGAUCUUUGAUUGUGGUACGGUACAGUACCUCAUAUAUGAGCAUGGCUUUGUGGCUGCGGUGCCAAUGAGGGUUGUGUUGUCUGGAAAAUCAGAUCGAGAAAAUCAAGAUUUUACACCACCCAGCAAAGCUUACAUGGCUCCGUGGUGGACUAUUCUUAGUAGUGUGUGUCUGUGUGUGUACCUGAAAGACCAUUGUUGAGACAGCGCGUGUCAAACCUUAAUCC